AUGCCGCCGAAGCCUUGUAGGCAAACCGCGCAGCGGCCCGUGGACUUCCUCUGGGUGGAUUACGAAGAUGAAUCAUCCCAGGCUAGGGAUUCCACUCUUUAUCGGACAAAACACGCCUUCAUACGAUCCCGUAGUCAUCGGCUUCGAAAAGAAACAAAGCUUGAGAAGUUGAAAUCUUCCAUUACGCCGUUUCCGAAGAGGCAUUACCCUGUCAUCCGAGAUUCUGUUUUAUCCCACCCCCCUAGUGGAAGGAAAGACGAGUCGCCAACCAGCGAUGAAUUCAAUCUCUAUGGGCCUGUGAUUGUUCAAUCUCCUAAAGCCGGCAUGGUAGAGGCGUAUCCCUCGCUAUGCCUUGAUAUGAAUGAGGAUAUGGAUCUCUACUUUGACUAUUAGGCGGCCCAAGGCAAUUUGAAAGCAGUCGAAGCACACGUCGCUGGGUUAAAAGCAAUCAUCAGCGAACUAGGAGGGAUAGAUGCUUUGGGAGAUCUGACUAUUUCCACCAUAUACUGGUAA